UAAUCUCCUUCAUGCCUUUGCGUCUUGCCCUCCUCAAGGACCUCCUCCAGGCGCCCUCCUCAAGGACCUCCUCCAGGCGCCCUCCUCAAUGACCUCCUCCAGGCGCCCUCCUCAAGGACCUCCUCCAGGCGCCCUCCUCAAGGACCUCCUCCAGGCGCCCUCCUCAAGGACCUCCUCCAGACGCCCUCCUCAAGGACCUCCUCCAGGCGCCCUCCUCAAGGACCUCCUCCAGGCGCCCUCCUCAAGGACCUCCUCCAGGCGCCCUCCUCAAGGACCUCCUCCAGGCGCCCUCCUCAAGGACCUCCUCCAGGCGCCCUCCUCAAGGACCUCCUCCAGGCGCCCUCCUCAAGGACCUCCUCCAGGCGCCUCCUCAAGGACCUCCUCCUGGCGCCCUCCUCAAGGACCUCCUCCAGGCGCCCUCCUCAAGGACCUCCUCCAGGCGCCCUCCUCAAGGACCUCCUCCAGGUGCCUUCCUCAAGGACCUCCUCCAGGCGCCCUCCUCAAGGACCUCCUCCAGGCGCCCUCCUCAAGGAACCUCCUCCAGGCGCCCUCCUCAAGGACCUCCUCCAGGCGCCCUCCUCAAGGACCUCCUCCUCCAGGCGCCCUCCUCAAGGACCUCCUCCAGGCGCCCUCCUCAAGGACCUCCUCCAGGCGCCCUCCUCAAGGACCUCCUCCAGGCGCCCUCCUCAAGGACCUCCUCCAGGCGCCCUCCUCAAGGACCUCCUCCAGGCGCCCUCCUCAAGGACCUCCUCCAGGCGCCCUCCUCAAGGACCUCCUCCAGGCGCCCUCCUCAAGGACCUCCUCCAGGCGCCCUCCUCAAGGACCUCCUCCAGGCGCCCUCCUCAAGGACCUCCUCCAGGCGCCUCCUCAAGGACCUCCUCCAGGCGCCCUCCUCAAGGACCUCCUCCUCAAGGACCUCCUCCAGGCCCUCCUCAAGGACCUCCUCCAGGCGCCCUCCUCAAGGACCUCCUCCAGGCGCCCUCCUCAAGGACCUCCUCCAGGCGCCCUCUCAAGGACCUCCUCCAGGCGCCCUCCUCAAGGACCUCCUCCAGGCGCCCUCCUCAAGGACCUCCUCCAGGCGCCCUCCUCAAGGACCUCCUCCAGGCGCCCUCCUCAAGGACCUCCUCCAGGCGCCCUCCUCAAGGACCUCCUCCAGGCGCCCUCCUCAAGGACCUCCUCCAGGCGCCCUCCUCAAGGACCUCCUCCAGGCGCCCUCCUCAAGGACCUCCUCCAGGCGCCCUCCUCAAGGACCUCCUCCAGGCGCCCUCCUCAAGGAACCUCCUCCAGGCGCCCUCCUCAAGAACCUCCUCCAGGCGCCCUCCUCAAGGACCUCCUCCAGGCCCUCCUCAAGGCCCUCCUCAAGGACCUCCUCCAAGGCGCCCUCCUCAAGGACCUCCUCCAGGCGCCCUCCUCAAGGACCUCCUCCAGGCGCCCUCCUCAAGGACCUCCUCCAGGCGCCCUGCUCCUCCAUUGUUACAUUUUUGGGCCG